AUGGCGGCGACGAAGGGGGUGCUCCUGCUCCUGCUCUACAUCUCCCACACUUCUGCCAAGUGUGGCAUCCAGAAUGUCAACAUUCUGGAAACUUCCGAGGAGAGCCUGGUGGGCCACCAGGAGUUCCCGUGGGUGGUGUCGCUGCAAGACCCCCAGUACACCCACCUGGCUUUCGGCUGCAUCCUCAGCGAGUUCUGGAUCCUCAGCAUCGCCUCUGCCUUUCAGGACAGGAAGGAGGCCGUGGCCAUUGUGGGCAUUGCCCGCAUGGAUUCCAAAGAGGUUUCGCACGAGGAGUUUCCCGUGAGCUUCAUCGUCACCCACGAGGACUUCGAUAACAGCACGAUGGACAACAACAUCGCCCUCCUGAAGACAGACACGGCCAUGGCGUUCACCAACCUCAUCCGCCCCAUCUGCUUCCUCAACAAAGGGACGGCCGACUCGCCUCGCCUGCGGAACUGCUGGGUGGCAGGAUGGAACCCCACGACUGCAACAGGAAAUCACAUGACGAUGAGCAUCCUGAGGAAAAUCACCGUGAGGGACAUGGAGCCGUGUCCCUUAAAUCAUUCCCGGAAGCUGAGAUGUGGCAACCACAUCGAGCGUGAAACCAAUUCCGUCUGCUUGGGCGAUCCGGGAAACCCCAUGAUGUGCCAGAUGCAGCAGGUGAACCUGUGGGUGCUCAAAGGGUUGCUGUCCCCCGGCGGCGAGAAGUGUCCCGGCCUCUUCCUCUACACCAGGAUCGACAAUUACGGCGCCUGGAUCGAGGCCAAGACCAAGGGGACAGCCUCCGCCCUGACAUCUUUCCACCAGUGGGACAAUUUCGUGCCUUCCCCCAGCUUCUCCUCACGCACCCCUGCGGCCCGGAAGAAAUUGUCUGGGCUGUCCCGGAUGAUCGGGUCCCAAACGUACCCCCAGAAUCUGAAAAGCGUCACCCAGCCGUCCUGGCCAGCCAACGACUCCAUCAGGAGUAUCCAGGACAGGGAUAAGGGUUUCAAGUCCGGCAUCCAACCCAUGUACUAUGACUACUAUGGGGGGGUGGAGGGGGGGCGGUGGUCCCCCUUGAGCCGUGGUCAGCUGCACCGGCGCCCAGAGCUGCUUCUGCUCUGCUCCGGGCUCCUUUUCUUCGGCGCUGGCGUCUAG